CGUUCAGGCCUAAAAAGCACAGAUAAUAUGACAAAAUUGGCUUUUCUGGCAUCUGAAACACCAAGCCCACGUCUCUCACCGAAUAUGGAAUCGCCAUUGGACCACAUUUUUCUGCAAUCGUGCUUGAGACAUCCACUUGAAGGCAAUAAAUGGUCUCCUCCGAUUUGCCAGUGGCAGACAGCAACGUUCUUGCAGCAAUCAUUCUUGCCUCACCCAAAUGGCUUCGACGAAUUCGUCUGCCCCCUGGCUUCAGGGGACGCCGCCAUCUGA